GUCAAUCUUUUGCUAAAGAAGUUAACACCUGUUUCUGAGUCCAAAGGUUAAAUAAGAACAAGGUGUUCCUGGUUGCUGCACUGCUCCUUAUCCAUGUGAAAGGUAGAGCUGUAAUCGGCAUAAACAGGUGUAUAGGCUGUGAAAAUGAAAAUACUUUUGCUGAUGAUAUGGAGUGGAAUCAUCACUGUUGUAAAUGCACAGCAAAGUACUGCAGAGCCAAUAUCUAAUGGAACAGCGUUUUGCACAGACACACUUAAAUGUACAGACCUAGAAAAGUAUUCAAACUGCACUAUACUCCGCAUAAUUAUGAAUAACAUUACCAGUUUACCAAUCAAUUACUUUUGUGUACUAAAAAAACUAGAAAUUUUAAAUCUCAGCCACAACUCUAUUCAAACUAUAAAUGAAUCUUCAUUUGAAUGCCUGCAAUACCAGAAGAUUUUAGAUCUCAGCAACAAAAGCCUGGAUAUAAAAGAAACUUUAAAAGAUUUGCAAAACUCUCUAAAUUUAACAAUAAGUGGAAAUCCUUUGAAUUGUACCUGCUCCCUGGAAAACGGGCUCAACAACAUUACAGUCAAACUUGAAGAUAAACAUGUUACCUAUUGUGCCUCUCCUAAGAAUACAACAAUUGUGGAUAUAUUUAAAAGACUGAAUUGCAGUGACACAGGUUCUACAAAAGUUAUUGUUUCUACAACAGCUUUGGAUAAAACGAAAAAUACAACAGUUUUUCAGCCUGAAUCUUUCAAUGGGACUACCAGCGCACCUAGAAAAGGAAAUAGCUGGACCUUCUUGGUAGGAGUGAUAGUUGUUGGAAUUGUUACAUCAUUAGUGAUAUUAUUUGCUGUGAAGUUCCCAAGGUGGUAUGACUACCUGCUUAGUUACAACCAUCAUCGUCUGAAGGAAGAGACACCAGAUUUGUUUGAGGAAGAAUUUAAUGUGGAUAUUGACCUGAGCAACAAUGGACAAAUCAUGGAGGAAGAAGAAACAGUAAUAGUAUUUGAACAAAUGCAUUCUUUUGUGCCUGAAGAGGAUGGAUUUAUCGAAGACAAGUACAUUGAUGAACGUGAUUUAAGAGUGGAGAGUUAACAUGAAUAACAAACAACUUUGUAUAUAAGUAACUUUGUACAUAUAUGCCAAAUCCAGAAAGAUCCAAAUUAUUGUGAGGUCAUGUCCCACACACUAAAUUUUAACCAAAUAAGUACAUUUGUUUAACAAUAUUCCCUUUUUCUCAGUAAUAAAAAAACAUUACAAUGUACUAAGCUUUAUAAGCUUCACAAAUCUACUUCCAAAGUUUCAACAUUUUAACAAACUGGCUCAUUCACCAAAGCAUUUCCCCACUUGCAGAAUAUUUCACAUCCUUUCACUCAUGAAAGAAUUAAUUAAUUAAUUAAUAUAGUAACAUUUCCAGUCAACUAAUUUUUUUUUACUGGUGAUUUUACUGAUCUUUGAUAAAAUAUGCCCCAUGCCAAAUAAAAGUCGAGAAGAUAUUUUAUUUAAACUGCACAAAACACUAAGAUAUUAACAAAUUUAGACUGCUAAUACCAGGCUUUUGGCUAAACUUACCAUACUGUAUAUACCAUACCAUUCUUUUCAAAAUAAAGUUGCUAUUAGUUGUGA